AUGUCCGUAAAACUAGAAAGAUCUUUGUCAAGAUCUGACAGCAGAAAUUCUGUUUCACUAACUCCUAAACCCAAACCCAGAAAUAAUAGUAGUAACAAUAACAACAGCAACAAAAAUAAUAAUAAUAAAGAUGACGAUGACGACGAUAAAUUUUUUCUCGAUUGCAAAGUGGCCUAUCUAUCAGUUAUGGAUUCGCUUUCAGAGCCAUUGAAAUCGAAAAAAGAUUUGAAUAGAGGCCAGUUGCAGUUUAGUGAUUUUUGUAACAUUUGUCGAAAGAACGAAAGAACAACUACAAAAGAACUGCUUGCGGUUUUCCAUACUUUCGACAUCAAUGGCGAUGGAUACUUCGUCUCGAUGCUGAUGAAAUUGCAAGAGGAAAAAUUUAGAGAGGCUGAGAGAAAAUAUGAAAGAAGAAAUUCCCAGCCAACAACGCCAACUAAAUCGCCCGGUCGGGAAAACCAAAACAACAACAGACUGUGGGAAAAACCGGGGUUUGCUAAAAAUAGAAUCGCUUUUUUGGAAAAACCCAACUUUUACAAGGAUGGAAAGCCGAUAGCAUUGAAAGGAUCAUUCUAUGUAGGUGACGAUGGUGACGUCAGAAGUUACUACUACAGCGUCAAGCUACCACAACAUACCAGGGCGCCGACUUCAUGGGGCUUGGAAGGGCUCGAGCCCCUCUCAAUAUUAUUUAAUUCCUCGGGCCCGCACAAUGCUGAGCCCCCCAAUAUUUUGUUAUAG